AUUAAAUUUAGAAGAAUAAAAUGAGGAUUGCCUUAGCACUUCUUGCCGUUCUCUGCAUUGUAGGCACUGUUGUGGCCUAUACUAAACUCCAAUAUAAUAACGGAGAUGAGAUCCUUAGAAGAUUACAGUUGUAUGACGGUAAAACAUAUGUAUUGUUCUUCUAUGAUGCCCCAGGAGCUAACAGAGACUUGAGAACAACAAAUGAUUACUACAAAGAUAGACUAAGAUCUGAAAUUCUUGAGCCAAACCCAGAUGAGCCAACAGAAUAUAUCUAUGCCGAAAUUGAUGCUACUGAUUAUUAUGGAAAUGGAUACCUCGUUGAUAGACUCAACGUCACUAGAGACUCUUUGAAAGAAAAGCCAAAUAUCGUCGUUAUGAAGGAUGGAAAAGGAAAUGUGAUUUAUGGUCCAACUGCUAUGAACUCAGUUCAAACUUCUCUCGAAAAACUUAGCCAACCUCCAGAGUAAUCAAAAGAAGGUACCCUAAAAAUUUUAGCAAUAUUUC